AGGCGGCCGGGUCUUCGCGCGCCGAGGCGGAAGUCGCUCGGGCUUCUAAGGGCUGUUUCAAUUUAGAGUCCCGCCGCUUUUACUGCCGCCAUCAUGGUGCGGAAGCUUAAAUUCCACGAGCAGAAGCUGCUGAAGCAGGUGGACUUCUUAAACUGGGAGGUCACCGACCACAACCUGCACGAGGUGCGCGUGCUGCGGCGUUACCGUCUACAGCGGCGCGAGGAGUACACGCGCUACAACCAGCUGAGCCGGGCGGUGCGCGAGCUGGCGCGGCGCCUGCGCGACCUCCCUGAACGCGACCCGUUCCGCGUGCGCGCUACGGCCGCGCUCCUGGACAAGCUGUACGCGCUGGGCUUGGUGCCCACGCGCGGUUCGCUCGAGCUCUGCGACUUCGUCACGGCUUCGUCCUUCUGCCGCCGUCGCCUGCCCACCGUGCUCCUCAAGCUGCGCAUGGCGCAGCACCUCCAGGCUGCGGUGGCCUUUGUGGAGCAGGGCCACGUACGCGUGGGCCCAGACGUGGUUACCGAUCCCGCCUUCCUUGUCACUCGCAGCAUGGAGGACUUUGUCACCUGGGUCGACUCAUCCAAGAUCAAGCGACAUGUGAUGGAGUACAAUGAGGAGCGCGAUGACUUCGAUCUGGAUGCCUAGCGGGUCUUCUUCUCACCAGGACUGCUUUUUACAGAUGGAGAAACCGAGGACUGAUGGAGUGCUCCCUCCAAGAGGGUGUCAGCUGUUUUCAAGAACUUGGCCCCUCAAUUGCAGGUCACAAAGCCUGGAGAGACUCUUCCCCGUUUUCCAGGAGUCUUUUCUUAGACCUUGAACUACAGAUAAUUAAAUGACUGUGCCUUUGGGAGGCACUGGGAAGCAGUUUUGUACUCCAGUGGGGAUUUCUAGCUCUGGUGCUCGGAACACUGUGUGUAAAAGCAGAAACGUCUCCCACUCCCUCAUUUCCUUUGUGAUCUAAAGCAGGACUCUUUGAUUCAACUUACCUAACUCGAAUACUUGCUCCUGGUCGUGAUUAAGCUAGGAAUGGAGGGCGAUUUUGGCUCAAAUUUCCGUAAGAUGGGUGAGACUGUUUAAGGGUCCCUUCUUAUUUAAAAGAAUGCUUUUCUAAUGCCAAUAAAUGUCCCAGCCGUUCUGUAAGUGCAGCUUUUGUCUGUCUGCUCUUCUUACAUAGGGUUAUAGCUGUUGUUCGUGGCUCAGGAGCCCAGAAAAGAGGACUAGGAUCAGCUGUGAUGGAGCUGUCUGGCGAGGUCUGCAACCGGGGCCUCAUGUGGAGGCUGCAGGAUGUUGUACAAGGGUGGGCAGUUUGUCACUUUACCAACCCUUUUCUGGAAUGAAAGUUUUGGCAGAGCGCUUCACCACAGGACUUCCUGUUGAUAUUUCAGCCCCAGGAAAUACCAUAUUAGAGGACUUGAAAUGUUUGCUUGCCUAAGGAAAUGAUCACCCUGUAGCUUGGCCAUCUAGUGGUUGGAAGUGGCCCAGGAGGUUCCUGAGAACAGAUGUUUUUAGGAGUGGUAGUAUGUGCUUAGCAUAUGCAAAGCCCAGGGGUUCAAUCGUUAGCAUCCCCACUGCAAAAAGAAAAAUAAGUAAAUAAAAAUAAACCUGGUAGAAGCUGGGAGC